CUCCUCAAUAUAUCAGUUGAUCAUCCCUUAAUAUAUUUUCCCCAGCAAAAACCCAACACACAUUCUCUAAUUUCCUCAAAAACCACCUCAAUUUUCCCACAAUUUUACACAACAACAACAACAACAAUGGCGUCUUUGGCUGUUACAUCUUCUCUCUCCUCUGAACUCAAAGCUCCUAGCUACGGCGUAUUUCAACCAUCAGAUCGUCCUCAUCAAAAUCUAACGGCCACGAUUAAUCUAUCAACACGGCGAGCCGUUUCAGCUGUGAAGCCGCUACGAGUUGCAGCCGAGUCACGGCGGAGUGACUCGGUGGCUCCACUAGCUGCCACCACAACAUCCUUCGCCGCUCCUAAAACUGAGGAAGGGGUAAAUGGGGAAGUGAAAAAAGUGGAUGUAAAAGAAGAGAACUUUGAAGAGUUAGCGAAAGAGCUUCAGAAUGCUUCUCCUCUUGAGAUUAUGGAUAAAGCACUUGAGAAAUUUGGAAAUGAUAUUGCCAUUGCUUUCAGUGGUGCAGAAGAUGUUGCUUUGAUUGAGUAUGCCAAAUUAACUGGCAGACCCUUUAGAGUCUUCAGCUUGGACACAGGAAGAUUGAACCCUGAGACGUAUCGCUUUUUCGAUGAGGUUGAAAAACACUAUGGCAUUCACAUUGAAUACAUGUUCCCUGAUGCAGUAGAAGUUCAAGCUCUAGUUAGGAACAAGGGUUUGUUUUCUUUCUAUGAGGAUGGCCACCAAGAGUGCUGCCGUGUCAGAAAGGUGAGGCCUCUUAGGAGGGCCUUGAAGGGGUUGCGAGCCUGGAUUACUGGGCAAAGGAAGGACCAGUCUCCUGGGACUCGCUCUGAAGUCCCUGUUGUCCAAGUGGACCCUGCUUUUGAGGGUCUGGAUGGUGGUGUUGGUAGCCUUGUGAAGUGGAACCCUGUUGCAAACGUUGAGGGUAAGGAUGUUUGGAACUUCCUUCGGACUAUGAGUGUACCCAUCAACUCGUUGCACGCCCAGGGAUACGUCUCGAUUGGAUGUGAGCCGUGCACCAGGCCUGUUUUGCCCGGACAACACGAAAGAGAAGGAAGGUGGUGGUGGGAGGAUGCCAAGGCCAAGGAGUGUGGCCUCCACAAGGGUAAUCUUAAGCAAGAAAGUUCUGAAACUCAAAAUAGUACUGCAACGAAUGGGGAGGUUGCUGACAUAUUUGAGUCACAAAACCUGGUUUCAUUGAGUAGAGCCGGUAUUGAGAAUUUGAUGAAAUUGGAGGAUCGGAGAGACCCAUGGAUUGUUGUCCUCUAUGCACCGUGGUGCCAGUUUUGCCAGGCAAUGGAAAAUUCUUACCUAGAGCUGGCUGACAAGUUGGCUGAAAGUGGUGUGAAGGUCGGAAAGUUCAGGGCAGAUGGUGAACAGAAGGCAUUUGCCAAGAGUGAAUUGCAGCUGGGAAGCUUCCCAACUAUCCUCCUCUUCCCGAAACACUCAUCUCAACCCAUCAAGUACCCAUCAGAGAACAGGGAUGUCGAGUCACUCCUGGCUUUCGUCAAUGCUCUCAGAUAAUCGGCGCUCAAUAGUCGUUCUACCUCAUAGAAUUCACAGAAGAGAGCUAAUUUUCCUACUGAAUGAUGGCAAAAUGGAAGAUAACUCAGGAAGUUGGUUACCGAACCAAUGUUCAGCUUUACUGAAUAUAAUCCUCCCUUAUGAUUCUAAGAGAGGCUCUUUUGUAGUCAAUAGUGAGCUGCAUGAUGACUUGCUUUGUUGCAAGUCGGAGAUGUCAUGUUAAUAUAGGUUUUUUCUUCUCUUCUCUUUUUCA